GUUUUGUUUCGCGAAUGCUCUGAUUUAGGGGAAACUGGGUUGAUGUAUUUUUUAAACUGCACAUUCCAGACAUUCCGCGUCAACGUGUGACGUCACCGAGAACCUUUGUCAAGCGCAACGGAACGCCUGCUUCCUUGUUACCUGCACUGGAGCAAUUAAAUCUCUCCGUAAUAACGGCGGACCGUUGCUGUAAAAACUAUAUAUACUCACUUUAAUAUAAAUGCGAGCUGUAAGGAAAACAAACCACAAAUACAAGCGGAUAUUUUGGUGCUUUAAUUUUACUAGUCACCAUUCUAGUACUAGUAGUGGCGUUUUGAUCGCCGCGCUGUGUCCGCUGCUGUAACAACAAUAACAUUCACACUUGAAGAAUCUGCAUUUAAAUUAAAAUAGGUGUUUGUGUUGACGGUGCGAGUAACUGUGUUAGGUUACCAAUAAUCGAAGCUUUCCUUUCGGUGGGGAACGAAACGUGAUAAUGUCGUGAUUGAGGCUGUUGUAAAUAUUUCAUAUGUGAUGUUUUGGGUUUGCCGUGAAUAUAUUUCGAGCGUGCUUGUGAGAGAGCGGAGCUGGGGCCCAGCCCCUUUGAACAGGGGGGGAAAGAACAGAGAAGUGCCUGAUUCAUGACUGUGAACCAGUGGCUUUCUUCUUGCGCCCUGAUAUUACACAAUCCUGUGUGUUUUUCAGAGGACGCCUCAUUCUCAUACUGAAGUGCAAUCACAGAACAAACCAGAAAACAAGGUCAAAGAUUAAGAAGUGGGAUUCGACUGGAAAAGCGGCUUUAACGGUGCAGUGUAAGUGAUCACGCUUACCCCGUGUGUGUGUUUUAAGUACGAGUCCUCGGGAAUACAUCACACUAAGACAUGCUGUAAUCACCGUUCGCAAAAUCCGCAAGUGUCUUUGUUGUGGAGCCUGCGGUUUUGUUUUUUUGUUGUUUACCUGUUUGGUGUACGAGCACUGACCCAGUUUGGCCUAGACUGAGGAGGCAAGCUUUCUAAUCUUCUUACCACAUCGUUGUUCUGUUUGAGAGGCCUGCUGCUGCAGCUGAACCGGGGAUCCCACAUCUCCUCGGUGGAGCUGAAGAAGGGUCCGAAGAAGAAGAACCCUUUUCUGAAAGACAUUUUUUUUUCUGCUCUGAUGUCGGAUUUCCUCUGAAACGAUUCCAGAUAUGAUGCCGAUGAUAUUAACCGUGUACCUAAGCAACAAUGAGCAGGUUUUAACAGAGGUUCCCAUAACUCCAGAAACAUCUUGUCGUGAUGUGGUUGAAUUCUGCAAGGAGCCGGGAGAAACAGGCUGCCAUUUAGCAGAGGUGUGGCGAGGAAAUGAGCGAGCGAUACCUGUCGAUCACAUGAUGUACGAACAUCUGCAGAAAUGGGGCCCUCGGAGACAAGAAGUGACGUUUUUUCUGCGACAUGAGGAGUCUCCAGCAGAGAGCAGUGAGCAGGGUGGCCAACAAGCGCAAGAUCAACUGAACAGAAGAAAUGGAGUAAACAUGCCUGCAGACAAGCACUGUGAAAACGGGGUUGGGAAUCCUCGUGCGGAGCUCACUCUUUCAGAGCUCCAGGAAAUGGCCACAAGGCAACAGCAGCAGAUUGAGGCUCAGCAGCAGAUGCUCGUUGCUAAGGAACAACGUCUUCGGUACUUGAAACAGCAGGAGCGGCGGCAGCAGCAGUCCAUUUCAGAGAGUGAGAAGCUUCAGAAGCUGAAAGAAAGAGUCGAAAACCAAGAGGCCAAACUGAAGAAGAUCAGAGCGAUGAGAGGACAAGUGGAUUAUAGCAAAGUCAUGAAUGGCAAUCUGUCAGCGGAAGUGGAGCACAUUAACGCCAUGUUUCAGGAGAAGCAGCUCGAGCUACAGUCGGCCGUGCUGAAGGUGGACCAGCUGAGCCAGCAGCUGGAGGACCUCAGGAAAGGGAAGCUGAGUGGAUUCCAGUCAUUCAAUGGGCAGGUGACGGGGGCCGCAGCACUGGAGCUGAAGAAGCUCUACCAGGAGCUGCAGAUCCGCAACAAGCUGAACCAGGAGCAGAAUAGCAAGCUUCAGCACCAGAAGGAGGCUCUGAACAAGCGCAACAUGGAGGUGUCCAUGAUGGACAAGCGCGUCAACGAGCUGAGGGACCGGCUCUACAAGAAAAAAGCUGAGGCACGUCAAAAAGAAAACAUCCCUUUAAAUCGGAUUAACGGGAUACCCUCUCCUCAGCCAGUCCCUGCUCAUUCAGGCCGUGUGGCGGCCGUAGGGCCUUAUAUCCAAGUCCCUGCUCCUGGCAGACCCGAGGGGAGCUAUCACAUUCCAGGAGACCCGGUCAAGCCGCAGUCCCUCACUGUCUCGGGCAGCACUAGCCAUGCCAGAUCAAAGUCAGAGACAGACGGUCGAUGGUUGAAAAAAUCUCCAGGUACCUGGAAGGUUUCUGAUUUAGACAUCAUAGUGGAUCCUGUCUUGUCAACUCCCACUGCAUCUCUGCAGUCUCCAGAUCACAGAUAUACCCACAUGGCAUCCUCUUCUCUGUCUGACACACUGUCCUCUAAUGAUGCAAACUGGCCCACCCUUAACAAGCAGGGGUCCCUCUCCACAAUGAAAGGAUCACACGUUGACUGGAAGGAGUCCAGUAUGGACACGGCUCUCAAAGCUGGGCAGAGUCCGCCUGUACCCAGCACACAAGCCAGCGAGAAGGGUAUAGAUCCUGGAAAGGUACCACCAUAUGUGCCUAACGUAUCUAAACAGCUGCAACAGAAUUACGGGACCUACCCCAGUCCUGUCCUAACGGGGGCCGGUUCUACAAGCUCUCUGGAAAGAAGAAAGGACGCCAGUCUGCCGAGACCCGGCUCGAACCCGCCCAACUGGCAGAGACCCGGCCCUCCGGGACCGUCUGCGACCGUCUACCAGCCCGGGUCCGGGUCUUUGCCUGGGUCUUCUCAGCAGAUUCAGCACAGAAUCUCGGUGCCGCCGAGCCCCUCCUACCAGCCAGGCAGCUCGCCCGUGUUCCCACCCGGGGACAACAGACCUGAUCCUCCGCUAGCUGUGGCGGUCAGACCUUUCCUUACAGACAAGGGCUCCCGGCCUCAGUCUCCAAGGAAAGGUCCCCAGACAGUCAAUUCCAGCUCUAUAUACUCCAUGUACCUUCAGCAAGCUACGCCACCAAAGAGCCAUCAGCAGAACAUCUACAGCACCUUAAGCAAAGUACCAGCAGUCAAAGCAGUUUAUGGAAAACCAGUGUUGGCACCCAGUUCGGCCCCCCCGUCGCCACUGCCUUUCCUUCAAGGGCCGCCCUACCCCUCACCUCAGCCUCCGUCUCAGGAGGACGGUGUUGACCAGGAGAUUGAGCUGGAGAACCCGCCCCCUCCUCCCCCCGGAGAGGGGAACCACAGCGUGGACAACAUCCACCGGCCGCUCAGCCCCACCAAGCUCACCCCCAUCGUGCACUCCCCCAUGCGCUACCAGAGCGAUGCCGACCUGGAGUUUCUGCGGAAAAAGCUGGCCAAUGCCCCACGGCCGCUGAAGAAGCGCAGCUCCAUCACGGAGCCUGAGGGACCCAGCGGGCCCAACAUCCAGAAGCUGCUCUACCAGCGCUUCAACACGCUGGCAGGGGGCAUGGAGAGCACCGGCACCCCCUUCUACCAGCCCACCACAACGCCCGACUACAUGGGAGGGGUGCUGGCUGACGUGGACAACGGGAACCUGCCGGAGCCUACCGCAGUCAUCCUGCCGCCCGCCAGCCAGCUCCCCUCCCCCUCCCCCUCCCCGGAGUCACAGCUCCCCUCUUCGGACGCCAACGACAACGAUCUGCUUUCACCUCCCACGGAGGAGCUGACCACUGACGAUGCCAACCAGCCCGCCGGCACCACCGAAGACAGUAACAACAACCCCGCCACAGUCCCCGAGCAGCUGCCCAGCCCCAUCCCCGAGGUCAGCUCUCCGGAGGAGGCUGAUGACCUUCCCCCGCCCCCGGGACUCCCGCCACAGCCCCCUGUAAAGCGUACCAAUUUAAAGAAGCCCAAUUCUGAGCGCACUGGCCACGGACUGAGGGUGAAAUUCAAUCCCCUGGCUCUUCUCCUUGAUGCUUCCUUGGAAGGGGAAUUCGACUUGGUGCAAAGAAUUAUCUAUGAGUUGCUGUGCUCUUCCCAGGUUGAAAACCCCAGCACCCCUAAUGAUGAAGGUAUAACUCCACUACACAAUGCAGUGUGUGCGGGUCAUCAUCACAUUGUGAAAUUCCUGCUGGAUUUUGGAGUAAAUGUCAAUGCUGCUGACAGUGAUGGAUGGACACCAUUGCACUGCGCUGCUUCUUGUAACAGUGUUCACCUCUGCAAGCUGCUGGUUGAAUCUGGAGCAGCGAUUUUUGCUUCGACUAUUAGUGACGUGGAAACGGCUGCAGACAAGUGUGAGGAGAUGGAGGAGGGCUACAUCCAGUGCUCCCAGUUCCUCUAUGGAGUACAGGAAAAGAUGGGAGUGAUGAACAAAGGCACAGUGUACGCACUGUGGCAAUACGAAGCCCAGAACAAUGACGAGCUCUCUUUCCGGGAAGGAGAUGCCAUCACCAUUCUGAGGCGCAAAGAUGACAGUGAGACCGAGUGGUGGUGGGGGCGCCUCAAUGACAAGGAAGGCUAUGUCCCUCGCAAUCUGUUAGGGCUGUACCCAAGAAUAAAGCAGAGACAACGUUCCCUGGCAUAAAAUCCAAGUAGCGUCAGAAACGACUGCAAUUGUCAUUGAAAUAACUGGAAUUGUAAAGAGCACACACUGGAGACAUUCUCUUCAAGAAACAUCUCGCCAGGAAACAAAAUAGCUGCUGUCAUUUUCAACAAAGUGGUGCUGUUCUCCUGACCAUGGGCAGUGUUUUAAAACAAAUCACUUUAUAAAUCACAAAGAACUUCUCAUUGCAGGUUUUGUUUUGAACACUAAAGUUUCUGGCAAGCAUAUGUAGGUGUUUUUUUGUUUUGUUUUUAAAACAUAUACAGAAUCCGUUCAGUUGAAGCAGUGCUUCAGCAUUAGGCAGACCAGACUUUGAAGAGUUGUGUUUGUUCUGCUGCAUUAGGUGUCUGUCUGGUUUCAGUGCUGUUUUACUGAAACCCCAGAAUGAAAGAAUUUUGCUUUUAAAUACUGCCCAGAUUCUCUCAAAGGAACACAGAGACUGCCCUGAUUGGUGUAAAAGAAACAGGACUGUGCAGGUGAAGUUUAGGGCUUUUGUGACUUAGAAAAGAGGGGUAAGGUAGUCUUAACACAGUAUUGCUAUUUAAUGGUUUUAGUGUAAAGCCAAGUAAGCAUGUUAAACACGGCUCAUUAUUCUCAAAAUGUAAUGUUCUGAAGCUAAGUACGUUGGAGGAUCGACUUGCUAAUGCAAGACAUGGAGUCUCUCUUUGAUCUCCGGGUAAGCUAUAGCAAAGGCAGGAAAGAAUGAAUUGAUGCAUGUUUGAUUGGGUGACCUUGAGGAAGGUAGACAAUUGGUGAGUGAUUGCAAUAUGUAUUAAAGCUGGAUUUAAAAUAAAAAUGUUUAAAAAGAAUAUGAAGAGGAAUAGAUUAUUUUGUGCCAGAUAGUAAGUUUGGGUGCUGUUUAUUUAUUGGGAGGACUGGGUCCUCUGAAGAGAAGUGGGUGUCAGAGGUAAAAUCAAAAGAAUGGGAAUGUAGAGUAGUUUCUACAGAGGUCAGUCCCUGUGUUCCUAGUAAUAUCAAUGUCAGGGGAUUGAUGCAAUAACUAUAACACUUUUGUGCAAGAGAACAGAGCACUUCUAAAUAUAGCAAAUAGUUAAUGCUUUUAUAUAAAAGACUGUUUCAUGGAUAUUUUCCAUAUGAGCUAUACAAUUGCAUUUUACAAAUGUCUGUUCUGGAACAGCCUCUGACUUGCUUUUUCAUCUUUUAAAGUCUUGUGUAAUUUCUACCCAUCCAAAGCAGUGCUGUAAACAGCUUAACCACUGUGGAGUAUCAAUGUAAAUAUUGUGAUAAGUAUCAGAAGUGAAGAGGUGUUUGACAAUGGAUCUGCUGUAUGAAUAUGUAACUGAACUGCAGUUUCUGUAUAGCAUACAGAUACACUACUUAAGCAACAUGCAAUGUAAACGUGCACAAUAAAGCAAUGCCAUGGCAUGAA